UCCCCGAUCUUGUUUGUAAACAUUCCCGCCCGCCUCUCCCGCUGACCCCCGACCCCCGCGGGAGGGCGGGCGCUGGGCUGCCCAGAGGUAUAUGUGGAGAUGGAGAUAUUUGUUCUUGGAAGUUUGGAGAGGUACAAUUCACUGGAAGUUCCCCACACACAGCCUGCAGAGACAUCCACAUCUCAAGGACACUAACUUUGUAUAAACACAAUGGCUGGAAUAAUUUUAGUGACCAUUGCUGAGGAGAUUUGCUUGGUGAGCAGUGGUGGGUGCAGUGACAGCACCUGCUGUCAGACGUGAACAAAAAAGGAAUGGCAUAAUCCUGGAGGAAGCCUGAAAGACCUGGCAGCAAGAGCAUGGCGUGUUUUUUGAGAGCAUGGUUCUAUUUUUAUGAUGUGUAGGCAGCAGAACAUCACUUGCCUGCUUACCUUCAGAUGGAAUUCCUUGGUAGGAAUGAGCACCCCAUCAGCCCUGUGACCAUGCAUGAUGUGACUGGGUGUAACUAGGUGGUGACAUGUUCUUAUCAAAACAAGCACCUGUGGCUGCUGCCUUGCCAACAAAGCAGUACAAGUCGUUGUACUUUGUCCUAUGGACUUCCACUUUCUUUCCUUCUGAAUAAGACUGGAAAGAAAAAUUUCCCUCACUUUAGGAGUUUUUGUCCAGCCAAUGCCCAUCACCUUUGCUGUGUGCAGUGUUAACUGGCCAGGGCUGCCACAGGGGCUUGGGAGAGGCUGGCACUGGUGGUCUGCAGCAAGGUCCCCCUGCAUUCUUGUGCUGUCUUGGUGCCAGAAGAAGCCAAGAUAGAGAAAUAGUAUCUGGACCCAGCCCAAAGAAUUGUGGAGCAACUCUUAAAAUCUGUAGCUCAGCAUAGAUUGGGAAGCAGUAUUUAAAUACCAUCCUCGUGCCCUCAUGGUUUUUUCAUUUCUUGAAGUCGAAUAAGCAACUCUUGUCAUCUUAUAUGAAGACAAACUUUGGUGGAUCAUUUGCAGUCUCUUCUUGCUACUGCUUUGAAGUUUCAUCUUCCUUGUCGAGAUCUGGAAGUGCAGCUCAGGAUGUUUGUGCCCACAAAUGAAUAGUAGGAUGAAAAGAUGCUUUUGACAGGAGGGUUGAAAUCUCUCCUUCCCCAUGUGCUAAGAAGAAUAAUUCGAUGCAACAGACUCAGUAUUAGUAAUAUUUCUGGAAUGGCAGAAGGUUAUAAACAGGCCAAUGUUGUGAUUUUGCACAAGUCCCUGGCUGAUGACUUUGAGAAGUUCUGCCAUGCAAACAAUGGACCCCUGCCACUGCUGUACAGAAGUCAACCAGGUGACUGGAAAUGUCCUUCCCUGAGUAGUGAUUCUGAUAUCAGAACUGACUGCCUACAGUACAGAAAAUAUGAGCAUGGAGCUUGUACUGGAUCACUGAAAAGCCUUAAGGAGUAUUCUGAACAACUCAAGGACAUGGUGACUUUUUAUUUAGGCUGCAGCUUCUCUUUUGAAAAAGCAGUCCAAAAAUCUGGCAUUCCUAUCAGAAACGUCGAGCAAAAAUGUAAUGUAAGCAUGUACAAAACAUCUGUGCCUUGCUACAGCAUUUCUAUGUUUCACUGCAACUUAGUAGUCACAAUGAGACCUAUUCCUGAAAGCAAGCUGGGAGCAGCUGUGGUAGCAACGUCUGAAUUAAAAGAAGCCCAUGGAGCACCAAUUCACAUCGGUGACCCUGGUCUGCUGGGAAUACAAGAUCUUUCUAAACCAGACUAUGGAGAUCCAGUUCACUUUCACCCUGGUGACAUUCCAGUGUUUUGGGCCUCAGGAGUAACAGGAGUAGAAGCAAUUAUCAACUGCCGAGCUCCGUUAGCUUUUACUCAUUCUCCUGACUGCACAUUCAUUACCGACCUAGAGAAAGGUAAUGUCAGAGCCUCAGGAGGAGUCCCACAGGUCCACUGCAUCUCUCAAGAUCCUCUGCAUUUCAGCAUUGUGUCAGCAGAAGCAGCCCAAAAGAUAAAGACUCUAGAGACCCUCAUUGGAAUAGAUCCAGGGGAGAGCGGCAUAAGGCACCCGCAGCGCCAGGGUGAGCUGCUGGGGCCCUGCCUGGCCCUGUCCCACGCGGGCUCCGUGCCCAUCACCACGGGAUUUCCCACCCACUGGAGCCACCAGCCGCCCGAGGAGAACGGGCCCCCGGGAGCCCUCGCCAUCGCCAUCGCAGCCAUGCUGCAGGCCUUGGGGAAACGGGUUGCCAUGGUUACAGACCAGAGAGCCAUGGAUCUGAAUAAAAAGAUUAUUGAAGAAGCUGUUCAACUGGGAAUCCUGAAGAAGCCCAUCCCUCUAUUGAGCUAUCAAAGGGAAAGUGCCAAUUCAGCUUUAAUGUUAUUGUGUGAGAAUGGGAAUCCUGGAAGACCUAGAUUUGAUCACCUGGUAGCAAUAGAGCGUGCUGGGAUGGCUGCUGAUGGCAAUUACUACAAUGCCAGGAAAGUGAACAUUAAACAUCUCGUGGAUCCCAUAGAUGAACUAUUUUUAGCUGCACAAACCAUUCCAGGAAUCACAACAACAGGUGUUGGAGAUGGAGGAAAUGAACUAGGAAUGGGCAAAGUAAAAGAUGCUGUAAAGAAGCACAUAAAAAAUGGAGAUGUUAUAGCUUGUGAUGUUGAAGCUGAUUUUACUGUUGUAGCUGGAAGAAAAGCUUCUGAAAAGACUUGUGCAGCUCGGGGUCCGCAGUGGCAAAACUGCCAGUGUGGAGAUGGAAGUGGCUGGGCUGCCCUUCUACAGCACCCAUUCACUUAUGAUUGAACAGCUGCUGCAGGAAGCACAGCAGUGACUGCUCCUAAUGACUUCUACAUGAAGAGUUGCUCCCAUAUCAUUCCCUUAUUUUUGAGGCUCUCUCAAGGCGUAAAAAAUCAGGAAAAGAUGACUUUUCAUCUCUGGUGUCUUGACCACACACAGCCUUUCAUUGUUUUCCGUACAACAUCUCUGUGAAACAAGAAGAGGAUAUGAUCCACUUGGUUUACCUUUCUUUUCUGUAAUUUUAUAAUGGAAAAUGGAAUUUUGUAAUUUUAUAAUUUUAUAAUGGAAAAUGAAUAUUAAAUGAUAUUAUAUAAUAAGAGGUGAUCUGGCUUUUACAAAAAAAGCAUGAAAUUACAAUGAGAUAUGAUUGCACUGCUGUUCUUGUUUUACUAACCUCAUAACUGCAACAGGAAGUAACUCUCAUAGCAACUUGGAUUUAAAAAUACUUGUGGUGAGGAAAACAGCUACAGUAGAGAGGAAGAUUCAAAACAAAACCUUCCUGUAGCCCCCCUCUAACACUGUGUUCUUAUGGAUAGUUUGUGGAAGUGUGAGGAGAGAAGGAGAAAAUUUUAACUGAGCUAAUGAAAAUAAGGGCAGCAUUCCACAUCUUCUGUGUAAAGGGUUGGCUGUGCCAUUACCCCCUGUCAUAUUAGUAAUUUGCCACUUAUGUAUUUUGCCACUUUAUGGAUAACAAAGUUGUAGACAUUUCAGAGUAUCCUGUUGUUACAAAGAAAUUAAUUGAAUACAAAAUAAUUAUUAAAAAUUAAUGAUUAGAAAUUAAAGUAUGAUUAGAAAGGAAUAAACAUUUGCAUUCAGUAUGAAAUAACAUUAUGUAAAUAAACCUUUACAUGAAUUCCUGCCGUAGAAGUUCAGGUCCUGACAGGACCAAGUGAAGUAACAUUGAAUUUUAUCCCAUAGGAUUACUAACUCUGAAGCAGUACAUGACAAGUGGUUGUGAACUGUGUCCAGCUUUUGUCAUUCAAAGCUGUAAUUUUACCUUAACUGCAGGUGAGUGGCAGCACUACAGUUCUGCUGGAUGUCAGCCCUCGAACAGAGAGUGGAGGGUACAUUUGACACCACCCCUGGAACACUGGUGCUUUACCUGUCAUAAAAUGGAAGUUGCCUUUAGUUGGACUUCCAGCAGCGAGCAACACUUUAUAUCUCUUUUCCUUCCUGGCAGAUGAUAACAGCUUGUAGAGAAUUACUUUCUCUAGAUGCUACAGGGGCAAACAGAAAGCAGCUAAAGAUGAGUUCACCAGAACUACACACUGACUCUUGUGGACAACUCGUAAAAUCCCACAGUAGGAGAAGACCAGCAGAAAGAAGGGGAAAAGGAAGCCAGCAGAGAAGCGAUAGUAAUUGACAUUGUGCUCCCAUUUCUUGAUGGGGUAAUGCUCAAAGCACACC